CAAGCACGGGGUAUGCGUAAGCGGGAACGAGCAUUGUACGUGCGCGCUAUCACGGCACAGUGACAAAUAUGGCGGCCGCCGCCGGAUCAGGCGUUGUUGUUCCUCGCAGCUUUCGGCUGCUGGAGGAGCUGGAAGAAGGUCAGAAAGGUGGUGGAGACGGUACGGUGAGCUGGGGCCUUGCUGAUGAUGACGACAUGAUGCUAACUCAUUGGAACGGCAUGAUUAUCGGCCCUGCUAAGACUGUUUAUGAAGGCAGAAUAUACAGUCUGAAAGUAGACUGCGGUCACAGAUACCCAGAGUACCCGCCUAUGGUCCGCUUUGUUAACAAAAUCAACUUGACUGGUGUUAACAGUUCAAAUGGUGCGGUGGACCUAAAGUCUGUGUCGGCGCUGUCCCGGUGGAAGAACUCCUACAACAUCAAGAUGGUGCUGCAGGAGCUCAGGCAGCACAUGAUGAUGAAAGAGAACAGCAGGCUCUCCCAGCCGCCUGAGGGUCAGGUCUACAGCAACUGAAGCUGCUGCUACUGUCAACACUCUCACUCGCACACACAUAUACAGAUAUAUAUAUAUGCACACACUCUCUCUCUGAAGGUGUUCAACCAUCAUGUUAUCCAAGACUGUCAGCCCCAACUUCUUCCUUUCAGAGCCUUCCGUUGCCCGGAGGACCCAGCCGCCUCACCCGCUGCCCAGCUGUCUGUCAUGCUGGCCAGCGGUAUAAAAGUAAAAAGAAACAAAAGUCUUAGUCAGCUUUUAUUUUUUUCCUCUUUGCAUCCAGAUCGCUACCUAUCAAAUGGUCUGACGGAAUGUAUCGGCGUAUUCUGGGAUCAUGUGAGGCUGUUGACAUUUUGUGCAUGACGAACCACAAUCUGCUGCAAAUGAUCCCCAGCAAAAACGGAAAAAAAAAACAAAACCCAGACGAUUUACCACUUCGCAUAAGUUACCUUCACAUUUCCAAUCGUUCCCGUUUCUUCCUGGUGUAAACUUCUCGGGACCUUUCUUCAACUAAGCAUGUCCAAUACAAGCAGAUGAACAUCUUCUUGACGUUGUGUAUCAGAGUGUUGCUGCUUUGUUUUAACUUGUUUUAAUUUCUUUCUUUUUUUUGUGCCAAACUUCUGUGCCAUAUGUUUCAUAGUGCUUUGUGCUAAUUGUUAGCAACCACUGGGAAGAGGGCCAAAUGGGGGCUUUGAAGGGAGGUGUGGGGGGCGUUUCUGUGAGGAUCACCACUGGAGAACGUUUUCGUUCAGCUUUGUUGUUUUUGUUUAUUUUUUUUCCUGUGUAUUCCAUGGAAUUGUCUCUUCUUUCCGUCGUUCAGCGAACGCUCACUGAAGACAACGUACGGCUUUGGAUGUUUAUUUUGUAAUGGGGUAGAGCCUGAUCAGGGUGACUGUCACCUGUUGCAUGGUUUUAUUUGAAUUAAACAUUAUUACUUUUGCA